AUGGAUGACGAGGACGAUGAGUACGUCCAGAGCGGUGCGUCGUCUCGCCUGCGCACUCGCCGACGCACCGUCUCGUCGGCCUCGUCGUCGUCCCACACGGACCUCUCUGGCCAUCGCGCGACCCUUCCGGUGCCGGUGCCCAACCUGACAAAGAAGAGCCGAGGCCGCCGGGUCCCUACGGCCAUCGACGUCCUCACCGACGAGCAUGCGGAAAAGGCACGCAGGAAUUACAUGUGUGAGGUGGACGGUUGCGGGAAGUGCUUCGCUCGCGGAGAGCACCUCAAGCGGCACGUCCGGAGCAUACACACGAACGAGAAGCCUCACAAGUGUCCCUACCCUGGCUGCGGCAAGGAUUUCAGCCGGCACGACAAUCUCGGGCAGCACAUGCGCGUCCACAAGAACUGGCCUUCCAAGCAGCGCCGCUUGGCAGGACCCGCAUAA